AUGCUACGUCUCCCAACCCCAAACCUGCCUCGUCCCUACAUCCUCCCGGUCCGAUCCAUACUCCAACCAGCCUCCACCCCAACCCUCAGCAACGUACGCGCACGAUUUAGAACCGACGACAGCCAUUCGGGGGUCAAAGGCCAUCCGUUCCAGGAGUGGAAAGGCUCGUCGACACAACACCACGCAGUCAACCGAGCCAGGAACAAUGAUGUCACAGAUCCGGAAGUUGAGGCAGCGCAGCAAGGCAGGGAAGAGCACAUUCAGAAUCAAGGCAUUGCGGAUGCGACCAAGAGCGGAGCGACCACCCAACGAGACCUGAGGCACAGCACGAAAAGGGCAAAGGAGGAGCAUCCGCAUGCACCACAGCCGAUCAUUGGGAUGACUGAUGAGAAGGGCGAGGUAAGUGGUUUUCUUUCAAUUGGCGGGAAAUAUGAGGUGUGCUGA